UGUUUAAAGUUUUAAUUGUUAAUUCGCCAUAAAAAUCAGGCCAUUUAGCCUGUGGAAAACCGAAGCCGUUGCGUCCCCUCCUUUGGUAAUUUUUCUUAAUCUGUAGAGGCAGAGGAAAAUGGGAGUAGAAGUUGAGUCAAUCAAACCCGGAGAUGGCGUCACUUUUGCCAACAAGGGUGACACUGUGGUUGUUCAUUACACAGGUACCCUCAAGAAUGGCACCAAGUUUGAUUCCUCAAGAGAUCGUGGCAAACCUUUUCAGACUAAGAUAGGUGUGGGACAAGUCAUUAAAGGCUGGGAUGAAGGCUUUACCAAGCUUAGCAAAGGAGAACGUGCCAAGUUGACUAUCAGUCCAGAUUAUGGUUAUGGAGAGCAAGGAGCUGCUGGAGUGAUUCCACCCAAUGCAACUCUCAUCUUUGAUGUAGAACUCCUUGAUAUCAUUAGGAAAAAAUAAAUAGCCAUAAUAGUCAUACUCUUUAACACCAUGUAUAAUUCAGGCCAAAAUGUGUUUGUUUAUAAAACUUUUCUGUACCUUGCAGUUUGGUGCAUUUAUUAAAAUUCUAAAGUUUAAAUGUUGUUUUUUUUCCCCCUUUUAAUUAGAAAAGGCAAGCAGAUUUGUAUCUAUAUUUUUAACAUCUAUUUAGAUGUCUAACCAUGAUUUUCAAAGCAAUUUGUAAACUGUCUAGUCAUUAUAUGACAGAGUUUACAAUAGAAUAGUUUUCAGUGUCUUGUUAUUUAUUAUAGGCAUUUUUGUUGUUUUGUCAAUAACAUUUUCAUUUGUUUGGGCCAUAACACUUGUUCCAUUUUGUAUAGGUCACUCUCAUUACUAUUUAUAACUUUAUAUAAAAAAAAAAAAUGAAAUUGGAAGACAAAAUUCAAUAAAGAAUAGAAAAUA